ACGAACGAGCCGAUUAAACGAAACACGAAAAGAUUAUCUUGUCAGAACUAUAAUUUUACAAAAACGGGUUUAAAAUUUCGUGAAUUGGAUUUAUUUGUUUAAAAAUUUCAUCCAAAAACAGUAUUUAGAAUAGAACGAAUAACAAUUAAUACAAAGAAAAAUUCAAUUAAUAUGUAUAUGUAAUCGUAAUAUAAAUAAGGGCAAAAAACAUAAUUACGCUCGACAAGAUACAAAUUGUGCCCACUCGAAAUAUAUCGAAAACUCCUAAUUAGGAAAUAUUUAAAAAAUUGAAACAACAAUUUAGCUAAAAGGCGCCUAACAUUUUAAUUUGAAUAGCAAUUUGUUUUUAUAGUAAGAAAUAAACAUAAAAUCGACUUUUUUACUGCCUUUAAAGUUGAAUUAUAUAUAUAUAUAUUAUAAACACUCGCACAUAUUUACAUACAUACAUACAAUGUCCGGCCGAAGACCAGAAUUGCGUAUGAACAUAAAAAAAGAUCCUGAACCAGAAAUCAUUCCACCGAGGAAUUUGGAUUCUAGUACAACGAUUCAGAUUGGUGAACGUACAUUUCAAAUAGAUGCAGAUAGUUUAGAAAAAAUAUGUGAUUUAGGACGAGGUGCUUAUGGAAUCGUUGAAAAAAUGCGUCAUGAACAGACAGGAACUGUAAUGGCAGUUAAACGAAUAACUGCAACAGUAAAUCGAAGAGAACAACAACGUUUAUUAAUGGAUUUAGAUAUCUCAAUGAGAUCUAGUGACUGUCCGUAUACAGUACAUUUUUAUGGAGCACUUUUUCGUGAAGGAGAUGUUUGGAUAUGUAUGGAAGUUAUGGAUACCAGUUUAGAUAAAUUCUAUCCAAAAGUAUUUAAACAUAAUUUAGUUAUGGAAGAAACAGUACUUGGCAAGAUUGCCAUGUCUGUGGUAAAUGCAUUACAUUACUUACAUGCACAAUUAAAAGUAAUCCAUCGAGAUGUGAAACCAUCGAAUAUAUUAAUUAAUCGCAGUGGUGAAGUAAAAAUGUGUGAUUUUGGAAUUUCAGGUUAUUUAGUUGAUUCUGUUGCCAAAACGAUAGAUGCAGGUUGUAAACCAUAUAUGGCACCAGAACGUAUAGAUCCAUCCGGUACACAGUAUGGGCAUUAUGAUAUAAGAUCAGAUGUUUGGUCAUUUGGAAUUAGUAUGUUUGAAAUGGCUACUGGAAAAUUUCCGUACCAAACUUGGGCGACACCCUUUGAACAAUUAGCACAGGUUGUUAGAGAUGAACCGCCACGUCUUAAGUCUGGUGAUUUUUCUCCUGAAUUUGAGGAUUUCAUAAUAAAAUGUCUACAGAAGGAUUACACAGCAAGACUUAAUUAUGAACAAUUACUUCAACAUGCAUUUCUUGUUGAGCACAUCAAACGUAAUACGGAUAUAUCUGAAUUUGUAUCUACAAUUUUAGAUUUGAAGGAUUAAAUUUAAUCAGAAACUGUCUUCAAUAUUGCACAUUUAAUUUCUAAUAGAGAAAAACAAAUGCCUUAGUAUAUAAACAACCGAACAUGUCUCAUGUUAUGUGUUUUAAAAUAAAUUGCAUGCUAUACAUAAUAAGAUUUAACUGUUAUUUACGAAAUUGAUGAACUGUUGCCUUUAAUUCUGUUUAAUCUGUGAAACGAAUUGUAAAAACGGAAGUAAAUUUAUAAUAAUUUAUGGAAUAUAAAAAUGUGCGUUAUUUUGUGUAUUCUUUAAAAGAAGUAAAAUUAAAAAUUAAUAUAUAAAUAUAUAUAAUACACAUGUAUAAAUAUAUAUAUAUAUUUAUAAAUACGUAAAAGAAAAGCAUACG